CACUGAGAGCGUCCGUCCACCGUUGCAUUUUCCAUUAAAUUAAUUUAUCAAGCGCCAUCAUUUUUCGGUUUUCGAGGUCAUUGUGCAAAUUGUGUGUGAAUAAAAAUAAAGUGUGCCAAAGUGCUGGUCUGCUCCCUCCCUUCCUCCAUCUCACGCGAAGGACAGCCAAAGAGAAAGUUGCAAUUAGCAUUCUUUUCCACGGAACGGAACAGCGAGGGGGCGCGAAUCCGGCAAAUCAUAUUACCGAGUAAUGUGUCAGUGAUUGGGACUAGUAUGUGCGAUCACUAUUAGUGCGCUCUAGUGAACAUUGAGAGAAGUGCCUCAGAAGAGACCAGUAGUUGUUGUGGUUCCAGUUUCCAGUCUAAGUGGUGAAGUUGCAGUUCGUGUUCGGGUUUCAUUCGCGGUCCAGUUGCGUUGCGGUCACUUCGGAACGUUGUUGUAAAACUGGAGGGUCACUUCUAGCCACGCUCGCUCACAGGUGGUAGAGUAGAAGGCAGGAUGCUAAAACCACGGUUACGUUACAACUGCUUACUGGCGGCGGUGAUCUGUACUGCCCUUGUGCUGCUGGGAUGCAGCAUCGAUAGCAGCGUGGCCGCGAUAACCGACAUUAUCAAAGAUGACCAUCUGGAGGGACCGCACGUAUGCAAGGAAGUAGAAAAUUCGACGGUCACGAUCACGAUACCGCGCGAGGAAGCGUACCAGGAGCGGUACCAGAAGUGGUGUAUCGGUAUUCCACCGCGCUGUUCGGCGUACCGUAUCAAGACGCGUACGAUCAAUGAAACCACAACCAUCGUCAAGCAGCAGAUCGUGAAGAAAUGCUGCAUCGGUUACACGGUCGGACCGGAUGGUGUGCACUGCGUGGCGGAGUGUAAGGCUGGUUGCAAAAAUGGCCAGUGCGUUGAGCCCGAUACCUGCCGCUGCGAUCAAGGUUACGCCGGCAAAACUUGUAAUAUUCAAUGUCCACCGAAUCUGUGGGGCUCGGAUUGCUCCCAGCGUUGCAGCUGCAGGAACAACUCGACGUGCAACGCGGCGGACGGUAGCUGCGCAUGCCAGCGUGGUUUUAAGGGCCGUUACUGCGAGGAGACGUGCAGUAGCGAUCGGUUCGGCCAGGACUGUGCCGAGCUAUGCCAGUGUCGCAACGGUGGCAAGUGUGAUCACAUUUCGGGCGAAUGUUAUUGUGCUGCCGGCUUCACGGGACCACUUUGCACGGAAAGCUGCCCACCCGGAACGCAUGGAGCCCAGUGUCAGUCCAAGUGUCGUUGCCAGAACGGUGGCAAAUGUGAUCCUGUGACGGGUGAGUGUGUCUGCCCGGCCGGCUACACCGGUACGGUAUGUGCCAAUCGCUGCCAGGCCAACUUCUAUGGCGUAGGAUGCGCGAAACGGUGCGAAUGCUUCAACGGGGCCGACUGUAACCGGGUGACGGGCGAAUGCCACUGUGUGCCCGGUUUUAUGGGCGACAAGUGUCUCGAUUCCUGUCCCCAAAAUCGGUACGGUAUCGGGUGUACCGAGACAUGCCGCUGUUUAAAUGGGGCCACCUGUAACACAUCCGACGGCCAGUGUACAUGUGCGGACGGUUGGACCGGUGCCGAUUGUGGAACACGCAUCUGCCCAAAGGAUCGUUUCGGUGCUAACUGUACCGGGCUGUGCGAGUGCGACUGGAACAACACUGACAUGUGCCAUCCGUGGACCGGAAAGUGCCAGUGUAAGGCGGGCUGGAGUAACAGUGCUUGCGAUCGGCCCUGCCGUUUCCUGCGCUACGGUCAGGACUGUCAGCUGUCCUGCAAAUGCAAAAACUCAUCGCCCUGUUCACAUAUCGAUGGAACGUGCCUAUGCAUAGCCGGGUUCAAGGGAGAUCAGUGUGAGGAACCGUGUGCGAACAAUACGUACGGCCAAAACUGCAGCGAACGGUGCGAGUGCCUGAAUGGAGCCACCUGUGAGGGUGACUCGGGCAAAUGCAUCUGCACGCCCGGCUGGCAAGGCAUCAAGUGCGAUCGGCCCUGCGACGCCAUGCACUAUGGGCCGGACUGUGCAAAUGAGUGCCGCUGCCAGAACGGUGGUGUCUGUAACUCGGUCAAUGGACAGUGCAGCUGCCCGGCCGGUUGGAGUGGCGAACUGUGCGAGAACAAGUGUAUGCCGGGCCGGUUCGGUCAGAAUUGUGCCCAGGUGUGCGAUUGCCAUAUGGGCAACACGCUAGACUGCAACGUCACGACAGGCCGUUGUCGAUGCAAGAAUGAUUGGGGUGGAAUUCGCUGUGAGAGUCGCUGCCCGCUUGGUUAUUAUGGUGAGAACUGUGAUGAGAUCUGUACCUGCCAUAACAACUCGUCCUGCGAUCCGACAACGGGUGAUUGUAUCUGUGCCAGUGGCUGGACCGGUGCGACGUGCAAUGAACCCUGCCCGGCCGGUACCUUUGGGCACGGAUGCCUGGAGAAGUGUCCGGAUCAGAGUCGUGUCUGUAAUCAUAUCACGGGCCAGUACAGCUGCCCACCGGGAUACGUGGGACCAACGUGCGAGCAUCCCUGCUCGUCCGGAUUCUUUGGACAGGAUUGCAAGCAACAGUGCAGCUGCAAGCACGGUGGCGAAUGUUCGCACGUAACAGGCAAAUGUCAGUGUCCACCCGGCUGGACCGGAUCACUGUGCGAGACGGUGUGUGAGGAUAUGUUCUACGGCAAGAACUGCAGCCAACGGUGCAACUGCAACAACAAUUCCAAAUGUCGCAAGAACGAUGGUACCUGCAUCUGUGAAGCCGGCUGGAUGGGCCCACGCUGCGCCGAGGUGUGCCCAGAUGGAUUCUACGGCAACCAUUGCAUGGAACAGUGCGUGUGUCCGCCCGGUAACUUUGUUUGUCAUGCGGCAAAGGGAUGCAUCUGUGCGACCGGAUACACGGGCAAACAAUGCGACGAAGAGCUGGCUGGCCGGUUAUUUGAGCAAAGGAACGAAGCUGGCAGCAGUGGUACAGUUUGGACGAUCGUCAUGCUGGUACUGUUCUCCUGUGUUGUCGUCGCGAUUAUGUUGUACUAUCGUCGGCGAGUAGCUAACCUACGAGCCGAAGUGAACCACGUCGUAAACUACAUGACGCAGGAGCAACCGAGCCACUUCGACAAUCCGGUAUACUCCCGUACUACUACCGCUUCCGGACCGACGGCGAACGGUAGUGCGAUACCGCCGCUCGAUGCACGCACCGGUUUACUGCGCACCAUGAUACCGAAUAACAUUUUCCCUUCGCUCGCUUCGAACGGACGUCGGCAGGCGGCACCAGCCAGCCACGACAAGUAUAGCUACCCCGACAACAACGAGUACGGAACGGGACAAACUUACUCCAUCCAAUACCACCCGGAUAAUGAUUUGAAAAAUCUCGAGGCGGAUUUGACCAAUCCCAAUUACUACAAGGAUCACGUGUACGAUGAGAUCGGACUCAAGGAUUCGAUUGACACCGAGUACGACCACCUGGAUUACUCGCGUGCUGGCAGUUCGCACAAGGCGCACUACUUCCGGAUGACUGACGAUAGCAUGAUGGCUCCCGGUGCUUCGCCGAUACCACCAAACAUUGCUCCGCACGAUGGUUCUCCCAAACCGAUCAAUGGCGUUAUCAACAAUCUAUCCGCACCGCGUCAUGGUUACAUCAACCAAACACCGACAACCUCUGCACUGCCGAUCGUCACCACUACCGCUAACACGACCUCGUCCACCACAAACGAUCUCCAUUCAUCAUCGUCCAAUUCAUCACCUACACCACCAUCCUCUCCGCCAGGGCUUGCGUACAACCGUGUCCAUGAUCGCGAUUCCAACAGUUCCACCCUGACGACGACCACGUUGCAGUGUGAAGAUGUGGAACCGAAUGAUGACGGUAUUGCUGCGGGUAUAUACGUACCGAUGCAAGCGACCGGUCGCUCCCACGUGGGCUCUGAGGACCAGUUCGCUGGCCCUUCCGGUACGGGAUCGAAAAUUCCCGAUCAUCAGCUUAACAUUAAGGAGUAGUGCGGGUGCCAGCAUAGUCCUACUAGCAUAGUAUCUGCUCCAAAGCGGUUCUCUACCAUUCAGAUUAGCUGAUAAGGGAUACCAUUUUAAUAUGCAUUUGUGUGUGAUAUCAGGAUGGAAACUAUUGGAAUAAUUUCCCGGGUUGUGCUCUACGGUUCCACUCAAGCGUAGAUGAGCGCCCUUUCGUCGAGCGAAUCGAUAGCCUAGUUCGGUAAUCCUUCAGUUAGCCAAUUAAGUGUGCGUUUUUGUGCUAGGUUUAAGGGCAAAGGGAGGAUGCCGCUCUUCUCCUCCUCCGUUUCGUGCAUUCCGUAUAUCUCUGCUCGCUCAUACUCUUGUUCCUUCUUUUUUACGAUCUGUCCUACGCAUGAGUUUGAUGUGUGUGUGUUUCAAUCAGUCUUUCCGUGUCCCCUUAUACAUAUUUUUGAUAAAUUUAGGUAAGGCUGAAGCAAGGACGUUUACUACUGAUAUUGUCACGAUAAUGAACGGGAUUGCGCAGAACAGUAGCAGAGUUCGUUUGCAAUCCAAGCCCGUAGAGACCGUUUCGUUUAGAACUUGGAGACGUUUGAAACCGUGGAGCUUUAAUGGAAAAAAGGCCAAUUUUAUCUUGUUUUUAUAGUUUUGUUAGGGAACAAGCGACUGCAAAACCACCCUUUUAUCUGAAUAUUUUGAGAACAUAAACAAUUGUUUUGUUAUUUAGUUUUAGGCAUCAGAUCUGAUUUCUUUGUCAGUAUUUUUUUUCAGUAAAAUUGUCAACGAAAAAUCCAUCCAACAUCCAACAGCAGUUAAAAUUCUAGAGGCAUCUUGCUUUUUUAAUUAUCAUAUUUUCCGCCUGCUGUUAUUUCAGAAAUUUAAAAUUUUUAUAAUUGUUCCAACCAGUAUCUAGGCGAAUGUAGAAAAUUGAUUUUGAUAUUUAUGCUACGGUGGCUACGCCUUUAAUUUUUUUUGUGAAAUACGAACUGCAAUUUGACAUUUAUUGUCAAGCAGAAGCUGAAGUAUAGUAAGGAUGAGUGCGUCCUUGGUUCUAAAUGAAACGCUCUCCCAAGGGGAAGAACGGAUCGGUAUUUCGUGCCAAAAGUAGAGCGAAUAUUUAGUCGACAAACAAACGUAAUGUAAGGCAAUAACAAGGCAAAAACAAAAGCGAAGGGACGUUGUGGAAUCUAGAUCAAUAUACUGGAAGCAGAUAGGCCAUGGGCCACAUCUCUCAUAGCAGCGGUUAUUCACCUGCGCCGCCGGUGGAGCGCAUUGUAUUGUGAAAUUGAAACAUUUUAUCAAAAGCAAGAUAAGAUAUUUUGAACCAAAACCAUAUUUACUUGCAAACUCGAAGGUGUUUUUUUACGGCAAAGAGCGAAGCAGAUGGACGGAAAUUAAACGGAUUAUAUUUACUGAUACCGGAUGCUGGUGGAGGGAAUGCAGGAGCUAUCGUUGGUUACAAGGCGCUUAGGGUCAUCGUUAUCGCCGUGUUGCGUGUCGUUAGUCCUCAGUCUCGUAAGAAUGGAUCAAAUGUUUAGGAAUGUAACCGUAUUAGAUCUCUACUUUUUCCACAGUGUGUGUUUGUGUGUCCUAUGCCAGAGAAGGGGAGAAGGACCCUUGGAUCCUGUGACUCUGGAUGUGUGUUCUACGAGCCAACCAUCCACAAUCGAAUCCCCAUUAAUCAUCGAAACCGAAAGUCAAUCGAAGCGAGUUAAGAAGGGUUAGCGUUAAGAAGCCAGGAAGAAAAGUAGAUUUAAGGAGAGACGUCGUUCUGUGUCCUGGCAGAUUUCAUUUUAAAUGCCAUGCUCUUCUUAGAGAAAAAAAAUCCAAUUUAGCAUUUGACAAAACAAAAGCAAUAAUAAAAGAGUAUAAACGAGUGAGAGGAGAAAUCGAGAGAAGACAAGGUAGCAUAAUUGCAGAAUGCGUCUAAAGCGUACUAUCUAUUUGUUGAUCUGUAAAGAAGAAAAUUUAUGGGAAAUUCUUAUGCAAUACUGUUAUAACUAUUCUAUACAUACACACACCAACAAAAUAAAACAGAAUGUGGCGCUCGAAUGAGAAUGUGAGGGUACCAUAUGGUGUCCCCAGAACUGAGCUUUGGGAAUGUAGUAAAUCGAGACAAAACGAAACAAACGGUUCAAUAAAAACGUUCGCUUGGUGCAAACCUACAGUCAUUCCGUGUCUGUGUCCCAGAAAAUGGAAAACCCAGUAAUAGACAGUUCUACCAGAUUGAGAGUGACAAAAAAACAAACCAAGUAGACGGAGCAUUUAAAUAGAUUCUUAAUGUUUUAUUACU